AUGACCACCGAACUCUCUACCCACCUCCACUACCUCUCCCAAUGCCUGGCCCUCGCCGCCUGCUCCCCCCCAAAGCCCACCAACUUCCGCGUCGGCGCCAUCCUCCUCCUCAGACGAUACCCAACAGCCUCAGACCCAGACCCAGACCAGCAAACCACCCUCGACGACCGAGUGCUUUCCACAGGCUACACCCUCGAGCUCCGCGGCAACACCCACGCCGAACAAUGCUGUCUCUCCAAAUACGCCUCUCACCACGGCGUGCUGGAAGAGGACGUGGGGAUACCGCUGCAGCAGGAGCGCGGAGAUGACCCGCAUGCGAAGAUAGUCAUGUAUGUCACGAUGGAGCCGUGCGGCGAGAGGCUGUCUGGGAAUAAAGCGUGCGCGACGAGGAUCGUGGAGACGCGCAGGAACGGACGGGGCGGGAUCGACAGGGUGUAUUUCGGGGUCAAGGAGCCGGGGACGUUUGUUGGGGAGUCGCAGGGCUGUAAGAUGCUGGAUGCGGCGAGGGUGGGGUGGGAGCUGGUGGAGGGGAUGGAGGAUGAGAUUCUGAAGAUUGCAAAGGCGGGACAUGGGCUGGGAGAAGGAGGGACGAAUGUCGAUGAUAUCUCCGCUGAAGAGCGCCAGAGACAAGAAGAAAUGCCCAGGAAUCCGAAAAAGCGAAUGAUGGAGAUCUGA